AUGAUGGCGGUUUCCAACACUGCAAAUCCCCCGAUCGCCAACGCGGCACCGGCCACCGAGGUCCUCAAAAAGAUGUCGUCCAAGAUCAGAUACAAGGUUGAGUGUGAGGACCAGAACGGUCCAAAUUUUGAAUGCAAGCAGGACGACACGCCGUUCGACCUGCAAAUAGCAAGGGACCCGACCGACGCCGAUGAGACGAUGCCUGUAUUCGAGAUCAUCACUUCGGUAAAAGUUUCCUCGAUGCGGCCCAAGUACACAGACCACAUUAAGAAUUUCAGUAUAGAAGGCCCCCAGAAUUUUGACGAGGGGGAGAAGGAGGAGGAGGAGAAAGAGAAGCAGAAGGAGAGGCCGAAGCAAACGCUGAAGGGAAAACGCAUCCUCAGUGUUAAUGAGACGAGGAUGGUUAUCCAUUCACCACUACUCCUGGCUGCCAUUCGGGAGGUUGUAGAGUACUAUCCGAGCCAGAAUCUGACUGGCGACACCAUCACGGUUCAUGAGCCCUACUGCGCCCUCGUUCACUACAUCACCGAGCUCCGGAACCUAAGCAACAACCUCGCCCUCGAGCGGGCACCCACCGAUUCGAAUGAGGCGGAGAAGACGGACGCCGACGUCAAGUGCGAGCACCUCCAGAUCCUCCUCGACUUCCUCAACCCGUACGUGGAGAAGACGGUGCUGCCAGCGCGCCGCCGUCUCCAGAAGGAUGUGGCCACCGUGACCUUCGACGAUCUGUGGUACCUCAUGCGGCCCGGUUCGCUCGCUUACGCCAAGUACGAAGACAUCUGGCUGGGUGUCAUGAUCAAAGAGGCCGAGUCCAUUGCUGCCGACAGCGGAGACGCGCCAUCAAAAUGGAAGAUCACCGGCUGGCUGAUCGACAACUCGUGGAGCACGCACACCGUCGGCUACGCCGAAGUCAGAAUUGACAUUCCCUACUUCGAAGGCGAAAAACACGUCACUACACUCCCCAUCUUUCCGCGCGAGCACCACGACAAAACCGACGCUAACGCGCGCCGCGACAAGUUCGAGGCCCGUGGGCGCAAGAUGCGGGAUAUCCUCUGGCACGGCUGCGCAUACGUCACCUACGAGGGCGAAUGCAUGGACGAGAAGAAGCGUGUGUACAAGGGCCCGAUGAUGGCCGAAGCGCUCGUCGCCUCUGGCGAGUCGUUGCCCUACCACAAUUGGAAGCUGUCCUGGGACCGCGGCCUCGACGAGGGCCGCAUCGAUCCUAAGCAGCGCCCCGGACUCCCGCAGCCCCUCGCGCUCGACACCGAAGUCCACGCCCGCGGCCUCCUGACCGACGACCACCUCUUCAUGAUGUGCCCCAUCAUGCCCGGCUUCGCUCUAGCCGAGAAGUUCUGGACGCUCGUGCACGUCGACUACAUGCGUCCGAUCCAGGCGCUGAAGUACGCCGUCCCCGACGCCAACAUUGGCGACGAGAACAGCGAAAUCAUCAAAGCGCUGUCCUACCCCCAACUGAAGCGGAAAGUCGAAUGGACUGCCGAUUUCGUCCAGCACAAGGGCGCCGGCGUGGCCGUCCUCCUCUACGGCCCCCCCGGCGUGGGCAAAACCUACACCGUCGAGCUCACUGCGCUGCACACGCGGCGGCCGAUGUUGAGUCUGACGGUUGGGGAUCUCGGGACGAAUGAGCAGAGCAUCGAGAGAGAGAUUACGAAGUGGUUCGAUCUCGCGCAUCGGUGGAGAGCGGUGCUGCUGAUCGACGAAGCCGACAUCUUCCUCGAGCGCCGCAGCACGGAUCUCGCCCGGAACGGCAUUGUUACCGCAUUCCUGCGGAAAAUGGAGUAUUUUGGUGGUCUGCUGUUCCUGACGACGAACCGCGUGGAGCAUAUCGACGAGGCGUUUAUGUCGCGCGUGCACGUCGCGAUUGGGUUCGAGAAGCUCGAUGUCGCCAAGAGGCGUGACAUUUGGGCCUCGUUUUUGGACAAGUUAGAGCGUGAGGCAAAGGGACAGGUCAGGAUGAGUGAAGAGGCGAGGAAGUUUGUCCUGGAGGGCGAUGAGAUGGCCGAGGUGGAGUGGAAUGGACGCGAGAUUCGUAACGGGUUUCAGUCGGCAAUUGCGAUUGCUGAGUACGAGGCUUCGAAGGAUCCGGAUUUCAAGCAGGAGGAGGAUGAGAUUGUGGUCGAGGUUGAGCAUCUCCGCAGGGUGGUGCUGAUGAGUAAGAAGUUCCGCGGUCAUGUGGAGAAGGCUAGGAAGGAUAAUGAGAGCGAGUGGAGCGAUUUGUGA